ACAAGCAACGUAUCCGAAUAUUUAGAAAAAAAAAUUCUGAUUUGACACCAAAAAAAAACUGUCGUUAGUCUAUGAUUAACUUCGCAGAAGAAAAGCAAGCGAACGUUUGGUGAUAUUUUUGUGUGGUUUAAUUUACGUACAUAGUUUCUAAGUGCUUCAAAAUGGCUAAAAGGAAAAAUAAACCCUUGAUUGAUUCUGAUUCUAGCAGUGAAUGUUCGGAUUUAGACUCGCAAUUUUUGAAUUUAGCAAAGAAAAAGAAAAAAAGCGAUUCCCCACCACCCUCCAAGUCUAAGGGACAAUCGUCAGACAGUGAAUCAGAUUGGGACGACAACGAUAAAAAAGGAUCUAAAUCGUCAUCAUCGUCCGGUUCGGACUCGGACAGCGAUGCAGGCAGCGACACUUCAAAUAAAAAGGAACAAGGCCGUAACUCCAGAAAGGCGUCUACAGACCACUCGGACCAUGACAGCAGAAAGAAGCCGGAACCGAAGAAAGUUGAAGUCAGAAAGAGCACCGACAGUAACAGUUCAGGGAAAAAGAAAGACACGUAUAGCGAACCAGAAGAAGGUGAAGUAUCAUCACAUUCUUCCGACAAUGACUCCAUUGAUUCAGAAGAGGAAUUCGAUGAUGGUUACGAUGAAAAUCUUAUGGGUGAUGAAGAGGACAGAGCGCGUUUGGCCGCCAUGUCGGAAAAAGAGAGAGAACAGGAAAUCUUCAAGAGAAUCGAGAGGAGAGACCUCAUGAAGACCAGAUGGGAGAUCGAGCGCAAGCUCCGUUUAGCCCGGCGUUCGGCGGCGGAGCGCGCGGCGUCGCCGGGGCAGGUGGCUCGCCGCCGGGAGGCGCGCCGCCGCCGCCGACAGCUCAAGCAGAGACACGAGGCGCGCCCGCCGCCUGCGGCAGAACCGGAACCAGAAAAACCAAUGGAAACUGAGACAGAAAAGGAACAACAAGCACCACCGAGUCCCGGAGAGAUACUGGACGACUCUAAAGACGCAGAAUCAGCAGAGCGCUCCGCGUCACCUCUCUUCGGCGCCAAGACCGAAGGCCGAAAACGGAACGUCGAUGAUCGUCGACAGAACGCAAUGGCCGCACUUCGAGCGCAGAGGGACGCCAAAGCUACCAGAGUGGAAAAAGACAAGCAGAAGAGAAGAUUGGAAGAAGAAAAGAACAAGGAUAAGGAAGAAGAGGAUGUGAUGUCAGACACUCCCGUGUGUGUGCAGGACGCUGACGAGCUUAUUGGCGGCUCCGGCAAGCAGAGCGUCAAGCUGAAGGCGUCUGACAUCUACUCCGACGACUCGGGCUCAGACUCGGAGGAUAACAAGUCUACAGGUGGCCGUAGGAGCUCGUCCAGCUCGUCGUCGUCUAGCGGCGAGGAGGAGGAGAAGAAACGCGAGGAGGUCGAGGUCAAGUACGCAGACACCCGCGACCAGAUCAACAAGCUCAGACUUAGCAGGUUCAAACUGGAGCGUUUGGUUCACCUUCCGUUCUUCGCGCGCGUGGUGACGGGAUGCUUCGUCAGGAUCGGGAUCGGGAACAACAACGGGAAUCCCGUCUAUAGGGUGGCAGAAAUCAUAGACGUAUAUGAGACGGCGAAGGUAUACAACUUGGGCAACACGCGCACCAACAAGGGACUCAAGCUGAGACACGGCACUCAAGACCGAGUGUUCAGGCUUGAGUUCGUCAGCAAUCAGGAGUUCACCGACAGCGAAUUCACCAAGUGGCACGCGGCCAUCCGCGACGCGAACAAACGCGCCCCAACUAUGGACUACGUUCGCUCCAAGAUCGCUGAAGUCCGUGACGCGCUUAUGUACGAGUUUAAGGAAGAAGACAUAGAGAAGAUAGUAGCCGAGAAAGAUAGAUUCCGCUCGCAUCCCACCAACUACGCCAUGAAGAAGACGCAGCUCAUGAAGGAGCGCGAUGUCGCGCAGCUCAGAGGCGACGACGAGCUAGUAAUGGACCUGAACGCCAAGAUCCAAGAAUUGGAGGAGCGCGCCAGCCACCUCGACAAGACUCGCACCUCCAGCAUUCAGAGCAUAUCGUACAUCAACAACAGGAACCGCAAGCUUAAUGUGGAGACGGCUGAGAAAGCUAUUAUGGAGGAGGUGAAAGCGAACAAAGGCAAGAAAAUCGACGACCCGUUCACGCGGCGACACACCAAGCCCGUCAUGAAUUUCAACAGCAAACACGGCAACCGGAGCCAGGAAUUACAAAGAAACGAAGAGGCGGCCGCCGAGGCGCAGAAGCAGAGAGAAGAUGAAGAGAGGGAGGCGAAAGCCCGUCAGGAGAAAGAAAGGCUCGUGGCGCCGCAAGAGCCCGAGAAGCCUAAAGCCAAGCCAGCGGGCGACAACGCGAGCCUGUACUCGCUGCACGACUUCGAGAUCAACAUCGACCUCGACCUGCCUGUCGCCAAAGCGGUGCACUCCCAACCGAAGCAAGUCACAACAAAAGUGAAAGAGACCGGUCCAAAACGGGCCCUCAACCUCGAGGAGUACAAGAAACGCCACGGACUUAUAUGAGUGUUGUGCAACAUAGUGCGGAUACAGUGUAGUGUAGUGUAGUGACGUCACGGCGUUGCGAAGAUGUGGAUACGCUGGUAAUGAUUUAAUGUAUUCUAGGUGAAUGAACGAUGCCUAUUUAAGUUGGCAGCGCUUUCAAAUUAAGUAUUUGUCAUACUGGAUGGUCUGCGUUCAGGUGAAAUGAAUGCAGCACUUGUCAGUUUGCGUUCCUUGCUCGUGCCUGCAUUGUUAGAUCACAGCAAUACAAAAUGUAUCUAUAGAGAUUGACAUGUUGUUCAUUCAUUACACAGGCUGUGGUCACUUUGUUCUGACCGCAUUCAGUGUGGCAAAUCCAUUAAUUAGCCUCAAUUAGAGCAUUCUGGUACUACGUUCUAUCCGAAUCCGUGAAAAUACGGUCUGAAUUAGUCGUAGAACUAUUUUGUAUGGUCUAGCUAGGUACUAGAUACGGUAUCUGUCAUCAGAUUACUCUAGUUAGUUUUCUAGAUCCGUAUUUUGAAGGACUCGGAUCGGGCAUAGUGCUAAAUAGCUCUUAUGGUAAUGAAUGAUUAAAAUAUGAUAAUAUUAGGUGAAUUUUUGAGAGUAUGGCCUAUUCAACGUGUCAAAUCUUGGAAUAUGACAAUCUGUCUACUGAAUUCUCAUGAUCGGUAACAAUUAAGGUUUUUAUUCAAUCGUAAAAAAUUUUGUCUCUGAGAAAGAGAGCAGCAAUUUUGGAGUGACAGUGGCUUUAUCUCAAAAAUUCACCUUUAUAUUUUGCUAAAUAAUUAAACACCGUGCUGUGACAGUACCAUUUUGUAGGAUGACUAAGUUCGGUCAACGUCUACAAAUUGACGAAUUUCCUCAAUAGAUCUGGAGUUUUAUGCCUUCAGCA